AUGUCAUCGGCCCGCCCAAGACGAGACGACGCCACCCAUUCAACGCCAUCCUACGACACUGGAAAAGAACUGUUCCUCGGAACAUGCGACAGUAGAGGAGUCGGCAGCGUCGGCGUUCUCCUAAACACGAGAUGGUCCAUGAACAUUGAUUCGAUCAAACAACUAACAGCCCCAAUCGGACGUUUACGUUUAAAAAGAUGUGAAUCAAUUCCGACUUUGACAGUCCUCCUCGUUUACGCGCCGACGUUAUACUAUGACGAAGAAGAAAUCGAAACGUUCUACGAGGAUUUGGAGAAGUUGUACAGAGAACACACAUUCUUCAAGGUCAUCAUUGGAGAUUUCAACGUCAAGAUUGGACCAAGAAAAACGUCUGAAAAACGUGACAUUGGGAACCACGGAUUAGAAUGGAAUGAACAGGGAGAGCGGCUCUCUGACUUCAUCAUGACGAGCAUGACCACCUAUGGUAGCUCGCAAUUUCAGAAGUACCACCCUCAAUGUUGA